GACCGUGGCAUCAGAAACCAUCCUGUCCGUCUUGUACCACUUGUUUGUUCUUUCCCUAAACGCUUUUAACGGCACCAUUUUUCCACUUUCCAGCAUGCAAGAUGGUUAGUCACCUGUCUGAUGCUCAACUUCACGAUGUUCGAGAUGCGUUUAACUUGAUAAAUCAAAAUGCAUUUGCCAGUUCUUUCUCAGACGUUCUGUUACCUCUGCGCUUUGUUGGUUGCACUGCUACAUUAGAUGAUCUGAAAUUACUGUAUCCUGGAGACAAACUAGAUUUUGCCACUUUUCUAGACUUAUAUUCUGAACAGUUGGGGAGCAUUAAUAACCAGCCUUCAAUUGAGCCGACUGAGUUAUCGCGUUUGUUAGCAAAACACUUCAACCGAUCUGUCGAUACAAACGAUUGGCGACGUAUAUUGUCCAGUUUUGGUGACAGAAUAGAAAGUCUGGACAAUACAACCUUGUGUAAGCUGAUAGGUAGCGCUUCUAGCGAGGCAAGUAUUAGUGAUUCGGUAUCUGUUAAAUCCUUCACGAAUAUAUUUUCUACGCAGACUCGGUCAGUUAUGGAUUUUGCUCCGGAAUGAGCUUUUGUCCUUGCAGUUAAUGCUCACGAAAACACCGACCUACAGAAGCCGUCACUAAUAUUUUUCUUUUCAAAGCAUAAUGUGCUCACACAUGUAAGCAAAGCAUGCAAUACAAUUUUGAACAUUCA